ACUCUCAUUUCUGGACCUCGAACUAUUUGAUUGUUACUAUUUAGAAGAGAGAGCCUACAAUUCCAUAGAAAGGUGGAAAUCGCUCUGUUGCUGAGGAUGGCCCCACACGGACGUCCUAAAGAUCAGUGAGGUUACCGAGGAUGGUAACACUUCAGAACCAUGAAGACGGCUUUGGACUAUCAUAAGAAGGAGACACGAUGCCCAAACCACCAACUCUGAAUGGACUGAAGAGGCUGGAGGAGACUGGAUUUGGUAAACCUUAUCCAAGACACGGACUCAAGCUGCUUUACUGGUUUGCUCACGACUGUCUGUAUUUUGAUGACGACAAUAAGAUGUGCUGGCAGUACGAUCCAGAGGAAGGAGAUUUCGGCUUCCACCUUUUUGAAAACAGAAUUGACAAAAACGGUGAUCAACUCCUGCCUGAGGUGGAGCUUGACUACUACAUGGUGGGCAAUCUGAGGAGAGCAGGAGCAGACGACCUGCCAUAUUACGUUCAGGAGGAUUAUAUCCAAAACCGUAAUCACAGCGAGAGAAACAUGGACCGCAUCAUAGUCAGCGUUGAUGAUGAGUGGUUUGACAGAGUCUAUGUGACCGAGCACAGUGAUCGGACAGAUUUCAACAAGGAAGCCACGUACUGCAUCAGCAGGGGCCUCAUUAUGAUUAUCAGGCGGCUGACCUUAGAGAACUUUCUCACAGAAACUGGGUACUGGACAGAAGAGGAUUCUGAUCAGAGUUAUACAGAGGAUGAUGAUGAUGACGAUGAUGAAUAUGAUUAUGUUGUCAGACAAAUUAGGGGCUGGACACUGGAAGCGAACACUGAUCCGAUUACUGGGUAUUCAAGACUGCCAUCGGACUCUGAUCAAAGAUCUGAGGAAGAAGGUGUCGACAGUUCUGGGGAUCAUGAUGAAUACGAAAACUGCUGCAGAUGUAUCAUACUCUAAACUCUGGGUAUAAAAGAUCAAUUAUAAAACUUGCACAAAGUGUACAGGUAUUUAAAUACAUGACUGAACUAUACCCUUCAUAUACGUUGGCCAUACAAGUAAGACCAUGUUAUAGCACAGAGUCAGGUGGCAGGGAAGGGCACAAGUCCAGGUAUGCAAAAGCUUUAUUCAGAAUUCAGGCGACUGGCAAACAGCAUAGACAGGGCAAAACAAGAGAAAACUAUUUGUUCAUGUGGACAGAGGUUAACAUGGACACGCCCACGGUCUCAGUCCGGAUCAGUUUCUGUUUCCUGAGAAGUUAACACAUGCUGUUAGAAAGCCAGAGCAGAGACACAUCUGAAACCCACACACACUACUGAACAACAUCAGGAAAAACCUCUGGAAUAACAGCGUUUUGGAUUUUUAUCAUCAUGAUCAUGCUUCCAGCAAAUAAUGUGUUUUCAGUACACUUUAUGUACUUUUUUUUAGCCGUUUGAGAUGAAAUGGUGGGUGGAUCCUGGCAACUAAGCACGGAUUCCUGGUUAGCAAACAAAACCCGACCAUCAGUCCUGGAGGAGUUCAGGACACAGCUCUUGCUCUCCUGAACUCUCAUUUCUGGACCUCAAACUAUUUGAUACUAUUUAGAAGAGAGAGUCUACAAUUCCAUAGAAAGUAAGUUUAAAAUGAUGAUGUCAUUUCUUUCGGGGUUAACAUUACACACUGAGUACGUGUUUAGAUCUUACUGUUUUAUUAUAAGACUACAUUUAUAUAUAUCAUACUAUUAUUCUAUAGUAACAUUGAAUACCACUUUGUUCAAAAGUAGAGCUGAAGAUACAGUAAGAACAUACACUGAUCUGUGGAAGCCAGUAGGAGCAGUUACAGACACAUACGAGGGGGAAUGCCAGGGAAUUUUGGAUGAUUCUUUACACUGUACAGGCCGUAUCUCUUUGAACAAUACGAUCAAUAAAAUGUACUCAGUCCUGUAA